UAUUGAUGCGGUUCGGUGUUGGCGCAGAAGAAAAAACAAGUCUUCGCCCAAAUGCUGGAGUAAUACUAUGGCAGGCUGCCUCCGGCUGGGCUUUGAAUCGCUGCUGCUGGAAUUAAGUGCCGCAUCUACAGUACCUACCUGUCGACAAAACUCUUCAGUGGAUUAAGAGUCGUCGUCCCCCCUUAUUGAUUGCCUAGAAAAGUUUUAACCGUUCAUGGGGGUCGCCUUUGGGGAUUAACACGGCUCUUAUGUAACACAAGUGUUGCACAUGACCGAGAGCGCACACGCGUAUUAUAAUGAAGAAGUGUUGAUCGUUGAAAGUGCACUCUAGGAUUAAGGAAUGGCAUCUACCGAAAGGCUGUACGAACUGUGGAUGCUCUAUUGCAAUAAGAAGGAUCCUGAUUACCUGAAGCUAUGGCUGGAGAUAUUUGUGAGCUCCUAUGAAAAAUGCUUGGAUGCGGAUUUUGAAAAACCACCAACAAGGCUGGAAGAGAUCCCUCCGGUGAUGUCCCUGCUUCCAGACAACAUUCUGCAGGUCAUGCGCCACCAGCUGCUCCAGUGUGUCCAGAAAGUGUCUGAUGGACUGGAAGAGGAGCAGCAGACACUGGCUCUCCUGUUGGUCAAGUUCCUCAUUGUCAUUUGCAGAAACCUCUCCAAUGUGGAAGAGAUUGGGACUUGUUCAUAUAUCAACCACAUCAUCACCAUGACAACGUUAUAUAUCCAACAGCUGAAGAGCAAGACCAAAGAAAAAGAGCUAGCAGACCAGACUCCAGCAGAGGAGUUUGUGCGCCAUGCCCUCGCGUUUUGUGAGAGCCUCUAUGACCCCUACUAUAACUGGAGGCACCGAAUGUCGGGGGUGCAGGUUAAUACGGUGGAGAAGAGCAGGCAGAAGUACAAAGCAGCUCCUCUGACUGUGGAAUUUAUCCCUUUCUUUUACCUCUGUCAUGGAGGCCAGUCAGCACCGUGGAGAAAAUAUAUUGCAUUUUCAUGAGACAGCAUUGCAUUUCAACAUUAUUAUUGUAGCUGUGUUGUUCUUAUUCUUAUUCUAUAAUUAAUAUUAACAAUAUUAGCAACAGAAUCUCAUC